AUGUCAGAAACAAACCGUCUUUUCAAGUUCAGCUUGCCGUUCCACGUGAACCACCACGUGUUGCGGUCACAGACAAUGUACGUCUCCGGGGUGUUGUAUGCGUUGGGUCUCUGGUUGAUGAUCGACGCCUCGAUCUUCAGCCGGAAUCGGAACGCAUCGGUGGUGCACGUCACGUUUGUGGACUGGAUCCCGUUCAUUUGCUCGACGCUCGGGAUGGUGGUGGUGAACUCGUUGGACAAGGUGCAGUUGGUGAGCGCCAGCACGGGUGGGUUUGACACGGGGGCCAUCAGCCUGCAAUGGCAGGCCCGGAUUGUGUUGUUCAUCGGGUUCAGCCUUUUGGCGGUUGGUUUCAACGGAAGCUUUUUGAUCUUGGUGCUCAAGUUCCUCAUCAAGGGCUACACGGAGAACCCGACGAUCCGGAUGGGCACGGAGAACGUCGGCGCCAACGUCAGCGUUAUGCUCAGCUGCACGAUUCUGUGGAUCGUGUCCACGCUUGAGGAGGACAACUCCUUGUCCCUAUGA